AUGGACACCACUUCACAGCGAGGUGCCAGUACUUCUGUCGGCACGUCGCAGGAAGAGCGGGACCGCAAUGUGUUGCGUCUCGCUCCAGAAAAGAAGGCAUGGAUGCCUCCUAAAUCUGUCAUGGAUCACUUGUCGGCGACGACGAGUGAUCGUUAUCGAACACGAUUGUUCGAUUCGUCAAGGAUCCAUCACCUUGACCCCAGCGCGAAAGACUAUCGCGCUGAACAUGAGUUCUUCAUCGAUGCUUUCUUCAGACAUCGAUGGUACAGUGGGAAUCACAAACGUGAUGGUCCCUCACUACUUCAGGCGUGGAACGCCUACAUCCAUAAUCUCGAGGAUGUAGGUCGUGACGCUUGGAACGACAAACUUAUCAAAGCUCGUGAUAAGUUUGAAAAGCGAACCCCGACAGGUGCACGCUACAAGCUGCAUCGUCUGUCAAGGGAGAAAGGAUUACCCUGCCUCUCUUGGGGAGACUCGUGCCCAUGUUGUGUGAACAACUCUGCACGAGCACCUAAGGAGGCUUACCUCCUUACCAGCCCGUGGUGGCGCGUACGUGUCUCUGCUGAGAUGUACGAAGGGAUUGACAACCUGAAAUCCCUUUACGACCGUGCCGGGAAGACUUUCUCCGGCGGUCCUUCUGCGGCACAGGAUGUGUCGCGUCGUACUGCUCGACCAGACCCAGUACGUCAACCAUCAAUUGGGAGCGGGGCUCCCAAGAAUCCCAGGACGGGGGAUAGCCGCGCCACCGGACGAGGUAACUCGUCCGACGUCCGUUCACGUCGCGGUGGUUCAACAGCUGCUCUACUAGAUAGCGCUGGCCACCGCGAGAGUCCUCUAAUGGAGGUGGAGGAGGAGGAAAGACGCUCUCCACACGAUCAUGGGGAUCCGAGUGUUCCCGAGAGCUUCUUUGAUCGCGUAACGCAAGGGUUACGCGACGAUCUCGAACAUGAGCGGAAUAGGCGUCUCCAGAUGGUGGACACUGCCUCGAAGCAUCGAGCUGAGUUUGCCUUUGCUCAGCUUGAGAACGAGAGAUCUCUGACAUCUCUUCGUGACGAGCUAAGGGUAGCUCGUGGGAUUGUUGAUCGGUCUCGGGCUGAGAUAACUGCUCUUCAGACCCUUGUUGAUGCCCACCAUCGGGAGCACAAGGCUCUCUGCGAGAUGCUUGAGCGCAAGGGCGUUCUUCAUCGGAAGAAGCAGCGUACUGAUGGUACGGCUUAA